AUGAAGCAAGAAAUGUUGCAAACCCCUUGUACUCCCAAGCAUAACAUUACUCGAGUGGACAAUACUUUGCCCUUUAAUGGACCUAGAUUCGGCUCUAAACCGAAAUUUCAGUUCCCACCGCAGAAUACGAAUUCCGAAAGUCCUUGUAAAUCACAUUUCGAAAUGAUGCGAAGUCAACAACUACUGGCAAACCAAUUGGACUCUAAAUAUAAAUCCAAAGAUGGUCUGAGGCUUUCACCUCAUAUUUCAAUCCCAUUAAUACGGACUGAGGACGGGGACAUUGAAGACGACGAUUAUGAUUUCAAUGGUGAUGUUGAAGAUGAACUCGAGAGUUGUGAAGAUGAUAGUGUAGCAAGCAGUAUACUCUCAUCACUUUCAGAUAUUGAGUCACCAACACCCUCUUCCUCUCCUGUAUUUGAUGAUACAUCUUUCAGGAACGCGUUGAAACCAAAUGCGAUGAAGAAUGUAGUUGAUCCAGCGACAGUGGCAAUGUUUACAUUACCACUUCCAACAAAAAUAAAGUUUAAACCAAAUAAAGCACUAAAGCCACUCGCAUCUAUUCUUAAGAGAACCGCAGGUUUGAACUUUAUCAUGAAUUCGUUGAACGGAAAUUAUAAAGACGCAACGAUAUUUGCUACAGAAGUUAACUCUUAUUUGUCUGAAAAUGUACCAUAUCCAACCUGCACUAUAGAAAGAGUUACGAUACCCGUGAAUUCAGAAAUUAAGAGGAAAUACAAACAAGAUAGAAAUGAAAUGUUGGGUGGUUAUUAUAACUCAAGCGAUGAAGAUCAGGAUAAUUUGGUGUACGAAAGGAAUGAUGACACUAAUGAACAAAAUUCUAAGCAAGCCAACGAUAAAGCUUCUUCUGAUGCAGCUGUGAUAAGAGCAUAUGAUUUCAAUUUUGAAGAUAGCACCAUACUCAAUAAGAGUGAUAGGGUCACUACACAUCUGGGAAUUUAUUCCCAGAAUCAACUAAUGAGCCGCAAACAAACUCCUUCAACAGCAAAAAAAGUCAGAUGGUGUGAAUUCUUAGAAUGGUAA